CGUCAUCAACACGUUUAAUCGUUUCCUUUCAUUGUUGAUUGUUGUUUUAAUAGUAAAAUGUUUGGUCACAAUGCCCCACCUUCAAGAGGUCCACCUCCAGGCCACCUCCAUCACCAACCACCAAUGGCUAAUCCACAUGGUCCACAACAAAUUGUAAAUCAACCUCCACAUUCUUCUGUUGUAUCACACCCAGUUCACCCAAGUGGAGGUCCAACUUCCCACGUUCCUUUUGUUGGAGGUGAGAGAGUUGUUGAUUGGAUGGAACAAAUCAAGAAAGAUUACUUGACAUUAGAACAAGAAUAUUUAAAUAUUAAACAUCUUAAGGAAGAAUUGGAAAGAAAAUUAGAGAGUCAACUUGGAGAUUUCCAAGUUAUGCACAACGCUAUUUUCGAUCUAGAAAAUGCUUUUACUGCCUCUAAACAACAUUAUGAAGAACGUAUUCAACAACUUAAUGCUACUAUUCAUGAACUUAAACAACAACUGGGUCAACAACAACAACAAGAUAAUGUACAUGGAUAUCCACCUGUAUCAAAUGGACAAGUUCCACCACCUAAUUACUCACAACCACCUCCAAUGCACGGUAUGGGAAGAGAAAACUUUACAAAUGCUCCUGGAUUAUCUACAUUACCACCACCAAAUUUACCACCAUCUUCACAAUCAUUACCAUCCAUGAUGUCGAGUCAACCUCCUUCCAAUCUAAAUCAACCUCCACUUAAUGGUUCUUCACCUCCACUUCCACCUAUUGGUGGUAAUCCACCACCUCCAAAUGGUGGAAUGAAUCAUUUACCUCCAUAUCAUGAUUCAUAUCAACAAGGCAACAAACAACCACCACAACAACAACAACGAGCAAGCCCAUUUCCACCUGUAAAUGGACAAGCUUUACCUCCAAAUGAUAUGUUGAUGCCAAUGCAUAACGUACCUCCAAAUGGAUCUUCAUUACCUUCUAUUCAACCACCAAAAAAUGGAAAUAACACACCUUCGGUGCCAUCAGUCAAUAAUAAUGUAAGUCAACCAUCACAAGCAUUCAUUGAGAGACCAAAAUCAGUAAAUAAUUCUCAGAUUCAUAAUCCUCCACAACAAACUAAUGGAAAUCCUAACUUACAAAGCGCACAACCAAAUGGGAAUGUUCCUCCUCCUCAACCAACCCCAACAACAAAUCAGGUUAAUUUAUUCGAUCAGAGAAGUAAUGAUAAUGUUGUAAAGAAAGAAGGAAAUGAUUGGGUUGUUGUUUAUAAUCCACAAGUUACAGCAACAACAAAUUUAAAUAUGAGCUUGUAUCAUAAUUUAGAUCAAGAAAGUGUUGUUUGUUGUGUUAAAUUCAGUUCAUGUGGUAGAUAUUUGGCAACUGGAAGUAACAAACAAGCUAUUGUUUUUGAUGUUGAUACAGGAAAGAAAUUUGGAACCUUUUCAACAAUUGGACCUGUCGGAAGUAGUGUACAACAUGAAGAUGAUGAACGUGAAGAACCUCCAAAGAAGAUAUCAAAUGAUGAUGAUAUUGUUGAAGGAGGUAUGAAAGAAGAUUCAUACAUUAGAAGUGUUUGUUUCUCUCCUGACAGUAAAUACCUUGUUGCAGGUGCUGAUGAUAAGACUGUUAAAAUUUGGGAUGUUGAAUCAAAGCAAAUUUACCGUUCAUUAGAAGGACACGAAUUAGAUAUUUAUUCACUUGAUUUCUCUCCUGAUAGUAGAUUUUUAGUUAGUGGCAGUGGUGAUGGUAAAGCUAAAAUUUGGGAUAUGGAAUCUGGUGAAUGUAGACAUACAUGUGGUAAUGAAGAAAUUGGUCCACGUGAAGGUGUUACUAGUGUUGCUAUUUCUCCUGAUGGUAAAACUGUUGCUACAGGAUCAUUGGAUUGUGUUGUACGAUUGUGGGAUAUGGCUACUGGUGAUUUAAUUGAAGCUUUUAGUGGAAAUGGUGGCCAUGAUGAUUCUGUUUAUAGUGUUGCCUUCUCUCCUGAUGGUAAAACACUUGCCUCUGGUUCUUUAGAUAGAACCUUAAAGAUUUGGGAUAUCAAAUCCGCUUCUUGUAUCGCCUCUCUCUCUGGUCACAGAGAUUUUGUUCUCAGUGUUGCUUAUUCACCUGAUGGUAAAUGGUUGGUCAGUGGUUCAAAGGAUAGAAGUGUUCAAUUCUGGGAUCCUCGUAGUAAUGUUUUACAUUUGAUGCUUCAAGGUCACAAGAAUUCUGUUAUUAGUGUUUCUUUGAAUCCAAAACGUCCACUUUUUGCAACUGGUAGUGGUGAUUUCCGAGCAAGAGUUUGGAGGUAUGAAUAAUUGUGAGACUUAUUUAACAAAUAUUUUGACUAUAAAUAUAUUUAUAAAUUUUUAAAACUUAUUUUUU